AUGCAACUUUUUUGUUUUCAAAUUUGUUUUCAUUUUUUUUGUUUUCAUUUUUUUUGUUUUCAAUUUUGUUUUCAUUUUUUUUGUUUUCGAUUGUUUUGUUUUCAAAUUUGUUUUCGAUUUUUUUUUUCGAUUUUUUUGUUUUUAUUUAUCAAGUCUAAAAUGAAUAAAAUACAUAUUAAGGUAUUUUUUUUUGGUUUAAGCUUGUAUAUGUGUGCAAGCGACAAAGUCUUUGCCAAUGAACCUUCUUUAGUCAAUUUUACUCCACCAAAAGAUGCUCCAACAAAAGAUGUUCUAACAAAAGGUAUUCUAACAAAAGGUAUUCUAAACCCUGAUACUGCAAAAAAACCUCCUCACGGUGAAGGUAAUCUAACCAAAACGACUCCGCCAGAUAACCCUUUUCAGACAGAUGAUAUGUCACCAAAUAACCCUUUUAACACAGAUGAUCUAUCAGCAGAUAACCCGUUUCAUGAAGAUGACAUAUCAGCAGGUGACAUAGAACCAGAUAACCCGUUUCAUGAAGAUGACAUAUCAGCAGAUAAUCCUUUUCAUACAGAUGAUCUAUCAUUAGAUGAUUUAUCAUUAGAUAACCCUUUUCAUACAGAUGCUAUAUCACCAGAUAACCCUUUUCAUACAGAUGCUAUAUCACCAGAUAACCCUUUUCAGACAGAUAAUAUAUCAGCAGGUGACAUAGAACCAGAUAACCCUUUCCAAACAAAUGAUCUAUCAUCAGGUGACAUAGCAUCAGAUAACCCUUUUCAUACAGAUGAUCUAUCAUUAGAUGAUUUAUCAUCAGAUAACCCUUUUCAGACAGAUGAUAUGUUACCAAAUAACUCUAUUCAUACAGAUGAUACAUCAUCAGAUAACUCUUUUCAAACCUAUAAAAAAAAAAAAAAAUCAAUUUUAGUUAGAUUGGUUCAAAGAAUGUCAGCUAUAUUAAUAGUUAUUUUACGAGCAUUUGCUUGUAAACAAUCUAAACCCAAAAAGUAUGAUUUAAACAAACAUAUUCGAACAAAAAAUGUUCCAGAAAAUGCUACUCUAGGCAAGGCUACUCCAGACAAAUCUACUACAGACAAAUCUACUACAGACAAAUCUACUACAGACAAAUCUACUACAGACAAAUCUACUACAGAUAGUGUUAAUCUAGACAAUGAUGUUAAAAAUGAUAUAAUGUCGAUCAAUGAUAGCUUCGAUGAAAUAUAUGAACAUAACAAGAAUCUAGUAUGUAACGAUUCUGAAGAAACUGAAAAAGUGACGAAAUUUAUGAACGAAGCUGUAACACUUUUACAUAAACAAAUUGAAACUACAGAUGGUUACCAAAAUCAUUUUAACUAUAAUAAUUCAGGUAUAUAUACUAAAAAACAAGACGAUAAGGACAUUGGAAAACUUAAUAUUACAAUCGAAAAUCCAGAUAAGUAUGAUGAUAUAAAAAACAUGUUAUGGGACCCCAAUAAUCCCCAAAAUAUCGAUCACAGAUUUCUUAAUGGAAAACCUAUUCGUGUAUACAAUCCAAAUUUAAUGAUUAUUCAACAAUGCUAUAUGAGUAUUUCUCAUUCAUCCAUAAAAUAUUUUCAUUAUUUAGCCAAAAGAGUUGAAAUAUCAAAAGACAAAACUCUAAUAGUAUAUAUUUCAACAAAUAUGAGUGAUGUUAAUAAUGACGUAGAAAGCAAUAUAUCUACUCUCUUAGAAAUUGCAUAUUCAUUAGAAUCUGGUUGUAAUUUUGAAGAAGAACUUAAGAAAAAAUUUGUUAACUUAUCCGGAUAUAGCAUUAAAAAAAAAGACACACACAUUGAUGUUACCUAUUUCAACUCUAUUAUUGAUAACUAUAUCUUAGCUCCACUUUAUGACUUUAAAAGAGUUCGAUCAAAAAAUUAUAUUCUUCUUAUGAACUUAAAGGAAAUUUUUUCCCCCCAAAAUAAAUAUAUUCCCAAUAGUACCUUUUUAUUAUCGUAA